AAAAAAUACAUAGGUGACGCAAUUACAAAUUAUUCAAUAUUCAUUCCAGCAUAAAACAUUUUAAAAACUUACAUAGUUUCGUUCAAUAUUAUGUUAUUAUUGUAGUGAUGUGAAGUCCCUGACGAUUUGAAAAUUGUGUCUAGUGCAGUAUGAAUUUCAAACAAGCUACACUAUGCAUUUGCUAUAAAAUUGGUUUCGUGUAAUGCUAAAAACAUUUAUAUUAUUUAAUUGUUUUUUCCAUUACACUUUAUUAAGGAAUAUUUUGAAUCGGUGCUCAUAACAUGAUGAUUCAUUGACUUAGGAUUCUACAUCUCUUGUAUCCAUAAAGCUAUACAAAAUUAGUUUUUACAUAAAACAGACUUAAUUGUUCUAAAAGAAAAUUUAAUUUCGUGCCAUCAUGUUAUGUGUACUAUUUUAACCAAAAAAGCACUACGACUGGGAAAAUUCUAUAAUAAUUAAAACAUAAAUUCAUUUUUCUUUUUAAAACAUAUGUAAUGGUACAUGGAUAUUGUGAACUUUUGUUACAUGUAUUCUCUAAUUUGUAAUAUUUCUUCUAGCAUGUAGCAAUCAAAACCCAUUGCACACAAAAACCAUGGAUGGUGAUGUUAAAUGAUCUGUACAAAUGGGAAUGAUGGAUGAGUGUGAAGAAUUUAUCUUGGAAUGUUGGAUUCCAAUAAAAUUUGUUGGCACUGGGUGGAAAUGUAAUCAAGAUACAGUUCACACUUAUUUUAUUAGAAGCACUGUCAAAUUUAUGAAGAAUAAUUAAUCAACAGUCAUAGUUUUGCAGGCAUAAUAAGAUUGCACCGUUUCUGCAAAACAAUGAUGCUGUUAAAUACAAAAACAAAAAUAAGCAUUCCUGGUUAAUAUUUUCCUACAAUAUUGUUACUAUGGCUGAUAAGAAGCCUAAAAGAAAUUCUUCCAAAUAUUGUUAUUAUGAUGAACAGAAAGCAAAAAGAAGAAAACAAAAAUCUCGAAUAAGAUCUCAAACUCCACCAUUACCUCACAGAAGUGGGACUAGUACUGAAGAACUUUUGCUAAAAAGAGAUUCUCUAAAGAAGCAGCUGCAAAAGUUUAAGCACAUUUCUAGAAAUGGUGGUAAUCAACAUACUGAGGAAAAUAGGAAACGAAAAUACACAGAUGGAAAAGAUGGUAAACAAAAAAGAUAUAGUGAAGAUAAAAGCAAAAAUAGUCAUGGCCAACAAUCAAAAAGUGCUCCAUCAAAAUCAAAUAUAGAAAUUGCAUCCGAGUCUGAAGACGAAGAAAGUAUAAUUGAAAAAAGAAGGAUACAAAGGAAACAAUUGUUAAAAAAGUUUAAUCAAUCACAUGAUGAUAACCAUUCAAAAAAUACUGAGAGUAUUAUAGAAAAGAAUAAUGGGGGUAAUGAUCAAAAGCUCACUGAUGCAAACCCAACUUCUGCUGGAGAGACUGAUGAUUUCACAGAUAUGUUUUCUGAGAAAGAUGAUUUUAAAAUUAAAGAUCUUCUUAAAGUGGACAAAAAUGACUUUACAAAUAAUUCAACUCUGACUGAUAAUUGGGAUGACCACGAAGGAUACUAUAAAAUAAGAGUUGGUGAUGUUGUCAACAACAGAUUCACAAUAAAAGAUACAUUAGGACAAGGUGUGUUUGCCAAUGUAGUGCGUGCUCAAGAUAAUGGUCAAGGAAACAACUAUGUAGCAAUAAAAAUAAUUAGAAACAAUGAGUUGAUGUACAAAACUGGCUUAAAAGAGAUUUCUAUAUUAAAAGAAGUCAAUGAGGCGGAUCCAGAAAAUAAAUAUCAUUGUGUGCAAUUUUUAGGGCACUUCAUGCACAAAGGACAUCUCUGUUUAGUUUUAGAAUCCUUACAUAUUGAUUUGCGAUGUGUACUUAAAAAAUAUGGUAAAAAUCAUGGUUUAAACAUGAAAGCCAUUAUUAGUUACAGCAGGCAAUUACUCUUGGCAUUGAGAUUACUGAAGAAAGUUGGGAUUGUGCAUGCAGAUAUAAAGCCUGAUAAUAUUUUAGUGAAUGAAAGGAAGAAUAUCCUAAAGUUGUGCGAUUUUGGUUCUGCUGCAAAAAUUGAUGAAAAUGAACCAACACCAUACUUGGUGUCAAGGUAUUAUAGAGCUCCAGAAAUAAUUUUAGGGAUUCCUUACAAACAUGGUGUUGAUUUAUGGUCUUCGGCUUGUACAAUUUAUGAAAUGACGACCGGUAAAAUCCUUUUCACUGGAAGCUCCAACAACAAAAUGCUCAAAUGUUUUAUGGACUUAAAAGGCAAAAUACCAAACAAAUUAAUUAGAAAAGGCAAAUUUAAAGAUCAACAUUUUAAUUAUAAUUAUAAUUUUUUACUCCACAAAAAGGACGAAUUUACUGGUAGAGAUAAAUUAGUUGAGGUGACAAAUAUCAAUGCAAAUAGAGAUUUGAAUAACGAAUUGCGAAAUUGUUGUAAAAAUAUGACAGACAAGGAAGAAAGGAAAAUGACACAGCUAAAGGAUUUGUUAGACAAAAUGCUAACACUGGACUCUAGUCAACGAUAUUCAGUAGCAGAUUGUUUGAAGCAUCCAUUUGUUCAAGAUGUUUUAACAAAGUAGACAAAUUUAAAUAUGGAUCACUAUUCAAUUUCUCAGAUUAAUUAAUGUCUAAUAAAACAAA